AGGGGAACCUGAGACCAUCCAUCUUCUCCCUCUCCAGUCUGUCGGAACAGAACGCCAAUGGUGGGAACAGCGCUGGAUUCAGGCAGACCGCAGGCGGUGGUGGCGAUCGACAGAGACAAAAGCAGCCAACAAGCCGUCAAGUGGACCGUCGACCACCUCCUUGUUAACAAUCACACGGUCGUCCUCCUCCAUGUUCGCCGGCCUUCCAUUAACAGCCACUAUGGGUUUGCUGUGGCGGAGACGACUGAAGAGGGCGCUAGAGAGCAGUUUGAGGCUGAGAUGAGCCAGCUUUUCCAACCUUACAGCACUUUCUGCUUCAAAAAAGGGGUGCAGGUGAAGGAGGUGGUGUUAGAAGACACAGACAUCUCCAAAGCAAUUGUAGACUACAUAGCUGCUAACAACAUCCAUAAUGUUGUUCUCGGUGCCUCCACCAGGAACGCUAUCACCAGAAAAUUUAGAAAUCCGGAUGUGCCUUCAAAUGUGGCCAAAUCAGCUCCAGAUUUCUGCACAGUGUAUGUGAUAUCCAAAGGGAAACAAGUAACAGUUCGAUCAGCAAAAAGCCACGCACCAACUAAUCCUACACCGCAGAGACAAACACCACUGGUUACUGUAGCGGGAAGCAAUUAUAAUGACUCCGAUGAUUCUGUCAAAACACCAUUUGUAAGAGGAAAUUGGAGAGGAAUGAUCCCACCACCACACAUUCCUGAGAGAUGCUCUUUUGAGAAAAUUGAGCUGACAAGACCUUCAACAAAAGAAAGAGCUCUGAAUCCAAUAAAGGCUUCACCAGGUCAUGCUUUGCAUGACAGUCUUGAUAUUCAUUAUUCCCAAUGGCCUUCACCUUCAACAUCAAGGGAAUCUUUAUCAGAGAAUUUUGAUGUUCAAGGAAAUCUGGGCUUCAAGGUCCCUAAUUUUAAUGAAUCUUUUGAGAUGACUAUGAAUAGCAUCACUGACAUAUCCUUAGCUACAACCACUGCAAAACGAGAUCUAGAGGCUGAGAUGAAAAGAUUGAAGCUUGAGCUGAAGCAAACCAUGGACAUGUAUAGCACAGCAUGCAAGGAAGCUAUCACAUCUAAACAAAUGGCAAAAGAGCUACAUGACAAAAAGAUGGAAGAAGCAAGAAAGGUGGAAGAAGCAAAGCAUGCAGAAGAAGCAGCAUUAGCUCUCGCUGAAAGGGAGAAGGCUAAAUGUAAGGCGGCCAUUGAAGCAGCUCAAGCAGCUCAAAGAAUUGCAGAAAUUGAGGCACAAAAAAGGUUACAUGCAGAGCUUAAGGCCAAGCGUGAAACUGAAGAGAAAAUGAAAGCACUAAAUGCGUUGGCUCAUAAGGAUCAACGCUACAGGAAGUACAACAUUGAUGAGAUUGAGCUUGCCACUGAAUACUUUUCAGAAGCACUUAAAAUUGGGGAAGGUGGAUAUGGACCAGUGUACAAAGCUUCAUUGGAUCAUACUCCAGUUGCCAUUAAAGUGCUGAGACCAAAUGCAACUCAAGGGAGGAAGCAAUUCCAACAAGAGGUUGAAGUAUUGAGUUGCAUAAGACAUCCAAACAUGGUCCUAUUACUAGGUGCUUGCCCGGAGUAUGGAUGCUUGGUAUAUGAGUUCAUGGACAAUGGAAGCUUAGAAGAUAGACUAUUUCAACGUGGAAACACCCCUUCCAUUCCCUGGCCAGUGAGAUUCAAGAUUGCAGCAGAGAUAGCCACUGCUUUGCUCUUCAUCCACCAAGCUAAGCCAGAGCCACUGGUUCAUAGAGACCUGAAACCAGCUAACAUACUCCUCGAUCAUAAUUAUACUAGCAAGAUCAGUGAUGUAGGCCUUUCAAGGCUUGUUCCUCCUUCAGUAGCUGAUAGUGUGACUCAGUAUAGAAUGACAUCAACUGCUGGAACCUUCUGUUACAUUGAUCCAGAAUAUCAGCAGACAGGAAUGCUUGGCACUAAGUCAGAUAUUUACUCGCUCGGGGUUCUCUUACUUCAGAUUAUUACGGCUAAAGGUCCAAUGGGGCUCACACAUGUUAUAGAAAGAGCAUUAGAAAGAGGAGCCUUGGCUGAUUUGCUUGAUCCAACGAUAACUGAUUGGCCAAUGGAAGAUGUUAUAAGGUUCACCAGGCUUGCCUUAAAAUGUUCUGAGUUGAGGAAGAAGGAUAGACCUGAUCUUGGAACUGUUAUAUUGCCAGAACUUAAUAGGUUGAGGAAUCUUGGUCAUGAAUAUCAAGUUAGAAGUAAUAUGAAUACCAAAAGUAGUAGUACUGAUGGUGGAAGUAUUACAGUUCAUCAAAGAGCAAAAUCUGAUUGUCAAUUAGGUUUACCAUUGAUUGAAAAGUAG